ACUGUCUAACUACAAAGUAAACUGAACAUUGAUGUGGCGAGUUGAUUACUCUUCAAAAUACAGUAAAAAAUUGUUACGCAAAUGAGUUUUUGGGAUAAAAGUGAAAUUUCAGUGGUAAAAUAUGUUCGUUUGAAUACCUGAGAUCAUGAUAAGUUGAUUAGAACCAAUGAAAAAUUAAUGAAUUUGUUUUAUUCCGUAAAUAUUUUUCUGAUUGUAUUGUUUAAAAUUACUGAUCAAAGGAUUAGAAUAUAUAAAAAAUGUUGCUUUAUGAUUCUCAAAAAAUACAUUAAUAUAGAACACUAGAUACCGAAUGAAUUUAUAUUAACCGGGAAAUAUGCAUACAACACAAAAACGGUAUUGUACUCAGAAUCAGCCGACAGCAGUUACAAUUGAUUCUUCUGUUAAUGAAAUGGAAAAUGAAGAUUGGAAUAGAUUUCUUGAAAAUGACUUUACUAAAUUUAUGGGGAUUACUUCACGGCAAAAUUAUUCAUUUAACGAUCAGUCUAUUAUAUAUAAUCCAAAUGAUACCAUUACUACUUCUAAUAUUAUUAAUAAUAACAACAUUCCUAUCACAUAUAAAAUGAAUGAUAAUAAUAAAAGUGGCAGUGUAAAUAAAAACAUUUUGGGACACGGCAAGGAGUUGCAAGAAAAUUGUUCUAAUGACAAUAAUCUUAAAAUUACUCCUAAUUGUGAUUGCUCAGAUAAUGAUCUAUCAUGGACAAAGGAUGUUUUCAGUUCAAAGCAUUAUACCACUAGCUCUCUUGCUUUGACAAGUGGAUUUAUCAAUGACACAAAAAUGCAAAAUAAUCAUCCAAUCAGUAAUGAAUUCAUUUCUGGAGAAGAAUACCAACAAUCUAACUAUCUGUAUGAUCAACACUUUAAUUCUACACCUGUACAAUUCUGUUCACAAACUGAUUAUUCUAUAAUGAAAACUGUGAAUUAUCCUUAUAUUAUUGAUAACGAACAUCCACAUUAUCUUAGUGAGUACAUUCAAUCAAGUGACACAGAGUAUUCAAAUUAUCAUAAUAAUCUUCAUAUGGAUUUAAGAUCAAAUGUCUCUGAUUUUACCGAUACUAGUAUUGCUAGUGAUCCAGAUUAUCAGAACCAAAGCGAAUCAAAAGCAAAGUCAUCAAUCAUGUUUUUAAAUGAUCACUUGUGUGCGCCACAAGCACCAACUAUAGAAAAUUUAAAGUCAUGUAAUCCUUUAAGCCAGGAAAAUUCCUUUGAGAAUGGAUGGCUUGAUGGUCAAAACAAAACACAUUAUUGUGCUAACUGGUCAGUUGAUUGGACAAAUAAUACUGAGUCAAAUAGUCGACUAAACUAUCAUUCAUAUAAUUCAAAGAAUAUUCCUAUAAACUUUGACAGUUUCCGAUGUUUAGGCGCCACUUCUUAUUUCGAUGCCAGAAGUUCAAAUUGUAAAAAUGACUGUCUAGUUACAAAGAAUAGUGAAUCGGUUGACCAUCCACAUAAAGGAGCGCCAAACAUAUCUAGUAAUCACCAGUUUGAUUCAGGACCCAAACUGUGUAACGAAUUUGAUAGUUCCUCAUCUCCACAAUCAGAGUCAACAAAGCUAUGCAAUGUUACUUCUAAUACCGGUUCAGAGGUACCCAUUCCUAACGCUUUCAACUUGUCGAGUGGUGCAUACUUUUGGCUAUAUAACUCCCAGUGCAAAGGUCCAAAGGCCUCUCCAUUAAUAAGCUUGACAAACACAAUGAUUUUGAAUAAUUCAGCUGAAGAUGAUCAAUCAAGUCUGACAGAAAAUUGUCCUUCAAGUGUCUAUCAAGACGAUUUUGUAUCUUCUAGUGCUUCUUCUCGUGUUAUUAAUCCAAUAAUACAUUAUCCUAUAUCCCCAUUAUCCUUGCCAGGAUAUCCAUUUGUCGUUUUUGAAGAUCCUGUGCAAAGAAGAUAUGAUUUAGUUCAUUGCUCGAAAUUGCGUCGAGGUGACGGUAAUGAUGUGACUCCAAAUUUAAUGCGUUUGCGUUCUAUGGGAGAAGAACUUGCUCAUUUGAAUAAAAAUAUUACAGCUCAAGGUGAGUUGAUUGCUACAGGUGCAAGUUCAGUGCUUGAUCAGCCAGAUAUUAAUUUGGAUUUUAAGGUGAUUCAGGAUCUUUCUGGGAGUAUCUUCAAUUCCAAAAUAGUUGAACAGGCAAAACGCGAAAAAAACAAGUUGGCUAGCAAAAUUUGUCGCCUUAAAAAGAAAGCGUUUCACGAAGCCAAUAAAAUUAAAUAUCUUGGAUUGGAGAUUGAGUACAGUAAGUUGAAUAUUAACCUAAUUAAUAUUCUUUAUUUUAUAUUUCUUUCUUCCACUAAAUAAAAUUAAAUUCGGUUACAAUAAAAAUGUUGCUUUUUUAUCAUCUAAUAGAUAUUGAUAAUUUUAACUGUUUGGAAAUUGAAUUGACAGUUAUCGUCAGUAGGUAAAAAGAAACUCAGAGAACAAAACUCCAUCAAAAUCAUUCACCUGAGCUACAAAUCUUCUCCACCAUCUUAAAAAUUUUUUACUGUAGACAAUAAUUUUUGAAGUUUAAUAAUGCAUUUGUACUAAAUCAUAACUUUUAAAUUUCAUUUCAUUUUACCUUACUGUUGAUAAACGGGUUUGAAAUCACUCUACGAGAUGAUUUUUCAACAAAAUAAAUGCAAUCUUUUUAUCAAGUUAACAACAGCUCUUGGAUUUUUAGAAUAUUAAAUUAAACAUUAUGUUGACACAAAAUAAAACAUAAAAAAACGAAAUUUAGACAACUAAAUAUUGGUAGAUGCAUUUUGUCAAAGAUUAAGAGCAAUUGAGUCAUUGUUUUAGAUCAAGGAACAUGGAGCAAAUGUUUAAUCUGAAUAUAGAGUUUCUCAUCUAUGCUUUCUUAUUACAUAAAAAAUUUUGAGAUACAACCUAUAAGACACUUUAUAAGACAGAACCAUGAAGGUUUAAAUACCUUUCUAUGUUGCAUAUCGUUGUUUAUGAACCAUGACAGUGAAUGAGAAUUUUUUUCCAAAAGACCAGUUAGUAUAAGUGAAAAUAUACGUACAUUCGGAUCUCCUAACCUAUAUGAUCAGUCUCUCAAAUAAUCAUGACAGAAGAUGUUCAGAAAUCCAAUGUUAAACGUUGUUGAUAUAAUGUAUACUUUAGCUAUUGACACGACAGAAGUCGGACUGGCACUUAACCUUAAAUCUACCAGUCGAGCCUUACCUUGAGAAUUGUUUAUAAAUAUUCCCAUUUAGUACUUAAGUAUAUACUACUUAGGCGGUGAACAUGUUACAUAUAGUUGAGGGAUAAAAUGGUAUACUUAAUUAGUUAGUUUUUAAUUUACAACUGUUAUAUAAAAGAGAAUUUAAACAAUCAUAAUGUUUGGGCAUUUGUUGGUGAGAAAUUUGUUUUUGGAUUCAUUUGAUAACCUCAUUUUAUGAUGAAAUACAUAUGGGUUAUUUCAAAACAUAACACAGCUGGUUGAUGUUCUUGAGUCUAAGUUAUUUAAGCUACUUGAGGACUUACAGGCGAAGUGAUAGGAAAUAAAUAUCUGAUUAAGCCGUUGAAAAGUACAUUUGAAAUUAACUUCUAUCAUAACUUGGAAAACUCUCAUGGUUUACCUAAACCCAUUCUCGAUGCAUCUUAUAUGCUGAGUAGUUUUUAAAUUUCAAUUGCAAGAUUUUAUUUUUAUUACACUUCAGUAAAUAGCAAAUUAACAUCGUCACAUCCAUUGAGAAACAUUAUAAUGAUUAAGUAUACAUAGGAACUAAUGGCGAUUUCGGAUUACUGAUAUUUUGAGCUAUCUAAAAUAUAAACACAGUAUUUAAAAAGAGAGAAUAUUUUCUUUAUAUUUUGAAGUGUAUAUUAUAAUCCGAUCGACUGCUUAACUCAUUUACAAAAGUAUUUCUUCAUUCACUUGAAAAAAAAUAAUUUCAUUGUUAAUUUGCACAUGAUUUUCUGUUAUUUUAUUUUGAUACCAUCACCACUAAUAUACUUUUACGUAGACCAAAAUGUUUACUGAUCUGUACUGAUUAUGAACAAGUUCGUACCUUUUUCCAUGAAAAAGUUGUUUUGCCCUAAGAUUAGAUAUAUCUACUGUAAAUGUAACGAAGAUGAAUUAUAUAGUAAAGUUUGAACAAAAUUGUAAACAUGAAACUUUGAAGCAGUCAAAAUGGCUAUAAUGAGUAAGACUAUUAAAGACUUUCAUGUUACAACUUUUUCUCUUAUUUGGAAUUAAUUGUUGAUAGAAUUUUUGACUCAUAGUUUAGCGUCAAAUUAAUUCAUUAUUCAAAGUAUAUGUACUGAGACGAUAAAUAAUGUUCUAUUCAACAGUUUACUAGUAUUUUCUGUGACUAAUUCAAACACCUUUCAAAAUAACAACAAUAAAAUAAACGUUUUUGGAAACGGGAAAAGAUUGUGCUGUUUUCUAAUAUGAAUCAAAUAUAGCACCAACGUACUGAGUUAUUUGCUUGCACAAUAGUGGAUAUUACCGAAUUUUCAUAGUUUUUAAAUCCCGAUAUGAUUUGCCUAGAGUAGUGUUUGAAAUUUCAAAGUACCAGACAGCUGUUUCGUCCUAAUAUGAGGCUCCUCAUCAGUACUCGAAAAGACUCCACUACAAGGAAUCGAACCCAUAACCUUCGGCCUCGUCACUGAGCGCUAACCGAACCGAUUAUUGAACCGGUAUUUAGUGGUAAUAAUAUCCAACUUCAAUUAAUUUGCGAUAUUAUGUAAUCCUCAUACAUUACUUUAAGUUGAGUUCCAAACAUAACGGCUUCUUAUUAGAACUGUAGGAGGUGCAUCUUUAACUUACUUACUUGUGAGGUAAUGAUUACUAUUACUACAAGAUUUCGCGCUGAUCAUACAAUUUUCAAAACUUAUAAAUUACUAAAUAAUGAUAGCUAAACCACCAUCUACGUUUAUUUAAAAAAGCGUUUUGAGAAAAUCGCAACAAUUGAAGCAGUAAAGGCAAUAGCAACACAAUGUUCUUCAUACUUUAUGAUAAUUGAUACAUAUUUUAAUCUUUUUUUAAACUGGGUGCACUAUAUAAUAAGGUUAAUCAAAAAAUGUUUAUCUAGUUAAUGAGUUAACCUUUAUGUCACCAGCAAACCACACAAGUUUACACAAGAAUGAAUAUAAAACAAAUAUAUGUGGACAACGUGAUAUCAAUAAGGUAACUAAAAUAAUUUUGCACUAUAUGCUAAUGCUUAAAAUACUCCUUGAAAAUAAUAUAAUGAUUAAAUGAAUGAAUAAACGGUCGAUUAAUCAAAAUAACCACUUGUUCAUUUCAAUUUUAUAUUGAAGUUAAACAUAAACAACAAAUCAAAACAAUAAUUGGAACAACACUGAUAGUGCUAAAAUGGAAACACUUGUAUUUUUGAAUCAGAUAUUUAUAAGACAACAUGAGCCAACCAAAUAUUUGUAAUACAUAUACAUUUGUUACUAAUAUUGGACAAUCGAGGUUUUUUCUCUUGAA